UAUGAUAUUUACGUGCACAACCACAUCACUCAUAUCCCACUCAUAUCCCAGGUAACAGCCUCUCCAUCCCAUUUCUAAAACAGACUCUUCAGAAACUAAGCCAAUUCAAAGGUUCAUUACAAUGACAACCUCGUCAAGUUCUGUUCUUAUUGUAGUUCUAGGUUUAGUUUUAGUCUUAGGAGUAACUGUCCCUAAAAGUGAAGCCAGGCCAAGAGCAUUCUUUGUAUUCGGAGAUUCUCUAGUUGACAAUGGAAACAACAACUAUUUGCAAACCGUUGCUCGUGCCAAUGCCCCUCCUUAUGGAAUUGACUACCCAACUCACAAACCAACCGGACGCUUCUCUAAUGGAUUCAACAUUCCUGAUUUUAUCAGUCAAGAACUUGGUGCUGAGUCUACAAUGCCAUACUCGAGCCCUGACUUAACAAUAGAGAAUCUAUUAGUUGGUGCGAAUUUUGCUUCGGCUGGAGUUGGAAUCCUUAACGAUACAGGAGAUCACUUUAUGAACAUAAUUAAAAUGCAUAAACAAUUAGAGAAUUUUAAAGAGUACCAACAACGAAUGAGUGCUCUGAUUGGUGUGUCGAGAACCAAAAGACUGGUGAAUCAAGCGUUAAUUCUCAUCACUGUUGGUGGGAAUGACUUUGUGAACAAUUACUUCCUGGUGGAUUCUACUGCAAGGUCUCGUCAAUAUCCACUCCCAGACUACGUCAACCUUCUCAUCUCUCGCUACAAAAAGCACUUGCAGAGGCUGUAUGAUCUUGGAGGCAGAAGAGUUAUUGUGACAGGGACAGGACCGAUAGGUUGUGCUCCUGCAGAAUUGGCUAUGCGAGGCAAAAAUGGAGAAUGUUCUGCUGAUCUACAACGUGCUGCAGCAUUAUAUAACCCUCAGUUGGAGCAAAUGAUAAUUGAACUCAACAACGAAAUUGGCUCUGUCAUUUUCAUUGCUGCAAACACAGCACUGAUGCACAAUGACUUCAUCACCAAUCCCAAAGCUUAUGGAUUUAAUACAUCAAAAGUUGCUUGUUGUGGACAAGGACCCUACAAUGGUAUGGGGCUAUGCUUGCCAAUUUCCAACCUAUGUCCAAACAGAGAACUGCAUGUUUUUUGGGAUGCGUUUCAUCCAACUGAAAAGGCAAACAAACUUGUUGUACAGCAAAUUAUGUCAGGUUCUACUAAGUAUAUGAAGCCAAUCAACCUCAGUACCAUUCUCGCCAUCGACCACUUUCAUCAAGAUUAACAAAACCCUAAUCGACAUUGUUUUAUCACUAACUUCGUCCUCAAUGCUAUGCAUUAUUGGCUUUGUUCUUUUUAUACAAUCAUUUCUGUAAUU